AUGUAUUCAAUUAAUACAGAACCUUAACCUAUUGCUAUUGUUAGUUUACAAAUGAAUGAUAGAGAAGAAGAAAUUAGAGUUUAUGAAGGCGAAGACGUAGAAUACGUCGUUAAAUUAUUCUGUUAAAGAAAUCAUUUGGGUUAAGAUUGUGUUUUAUAUCUGGUUGAUCAAAUUAAUCAAUAAUUACAAAGAGAAUCUUCUCCAAGGUUUGGAGAAAGCUUUGGUUAUAAUAAUAUUUCUCAUCAACUACUUCAUCCAAAUCAUAGUUAAUAGAGUGACUAUGCCUUUACAACUUAAGCUAGUAGUGUUGAUGAAAAUUAAAACUCAGCUUAAAAAAGUUAUGAAAAAUGGUAAUAAAUCAUAAAUAAAAAAUCAGAUCUCAAAUAAUUAAACACUGUACCUUAAAAUACAGUCGUAUGGAAUGUUCCAAGCUCAGCCAGAUGUAAACAAUUUUAAAUUUAUCAUAGAUUUCAACGAUAAUAAAAAAAUCUCAACUAAUGAAAGACUUUAUCGAGAUGGGUUGGAUAAACAAAAAAAUAAAAUAGAAAAGGCUGAAUAAUAUAAACUCAAAAAAUAAUAGUUAGAAUAAUAACAAGCUACAUUCUAACCUUUAAUCUCUCCAAGAUCAAGAUAGAUGGUAGAGUAAAAAAAAUUAAGCAGACCUGAUUGUUAUAUUAAUGACAUUGGAAGUCAAUUAUAUCAAAAGGGUUUAGAUUUGAAUUCAAAGAAGGAAAAACUACGAAUUUAAAUAUAAGAAUAAGAAAGAAAAUUAUCUCCUUUUUAACCUAGAAUUAUGGAAACAAGUAGAAAUCAUUCUCAAAAUAGAUCAAAUACACCAAUACAUGAAAAACUGUAUUUUUAAGCUAAAGAAGAUAAGAAAAAGAAAGAAGAAUUUUUGAACAAAGAAUUUUCUAAAAUACAUCCAUUCCAUCCACAUUCUUAAAACAAUGAAAUUAAACACACUGCCGUUUAAUAGAAGAAAUUAGUUGAUAAAUUAGUUAAAGAACACGAAGAAAAAUAGAAAAGAAUUGAGAAAAAAAAGUAAAUUUAAAAAAAUAUUUAAUAGAUAAGAAUAUUAGAUUCAAGCUUAAAAUUAAAUAACUUUCAAACCAAAUAUCAAUAAGGAUGCAACAUAUAAGAAAGUUAGUGAGAAGAAAGAGUAUGAAGACUUGGGGAUUGCUUUAGAUCUUCAAAGAAUGCAAUCAGGAUCUUAUAGCAAAAGUUCAUUUAGUUAAUGCGAAACGAGAACUUAAUCUCAAUAAAGUUAGUAGUCUUUAUUUGAUAUGAACAUACAAAGGAUUUUUAACUAAUUGGAUAGCGAUAAGGAUGGUUAUAUUAGUAAAGAAAAUCUCAGUCUGGAUGAGUUGGAUUUUGAUGCACUGAAGGUAAUUGAAGUUGUAUUAAAUUAAAUUGAAGAUGACGAAUAUACAGAGAUUAAUUUGAAGGGAUUUAAGAAACUGUGUGAAAUGCAUCAAUUGCAUUAAUAAUUAAAUAGUUUAUGA